AUGAGGUUAGCCGACUCCUUUUGGAUCUUUUGGUUUCUACUGGUGCGCAAGGCAGCAGCAGGCACUGAGCCAAUCUCAAAGCCAUCGCUCAGGCCCGGACAGGGCAUUACAGAGGGGCAGAGCGAGCAGGCGAUGAGCCAGGGUCAAUACAAAUGUCUUGAGCUGUCCAACAAAGAUCAACAAGAAAACAGUACCGGUGUGUUCUGUGGUCAUAUGUGGGAUGGUUUGUUGUGCUGGGAUGAGACACCAGCUGGGACGUCUGUAACACAAACCUGUCCAGAUCAGCCUGACCUGGAAUCCACCGAAAAAGUGACCAAAUAUUGUGACAUAUCAGGUAACUGGGUCCAGACUGGCUCUACCUGUCGAGCAGCUUUAAAGGACAAAUCAGAGAAGGAAAUCCCUGAUUUUUUAAGGGAUGCUGCAAGAGAGCACACCACAGAGGCCACAGAGGUUAACGCAGAAAAAAUUAUCCUCGAAAAUGAGAAGAAAUGCAGAGAGAAAAUGAAGACUGAUGCACCUUUUAAUAAGUCUGGUUUGUACUGUGGUCGUAACUGGGACGGCUGGCUGUGCUGGGACGACACUCCAGCGGAAACCUUCGCUUCCCAAAACUGCCCUGAUUAUUUUGUCGACUUUGACCCCACAGAAAAGGCCACUAAAUACUGUGGAGCAGACGGCCAGUGGUUUCACCAUCCAGAGAGCAACAAGAUUUGGACCAACUACACACUCUGUCCAACCACCCAUGAGAAGAGGCUGAGGAAGCUGAAGAUGCUCGAGAAUGAAUACAAAUGUCUGAAAAAAACCCAGGACCCACCUUUUAACAAAGAAGACCUGCACUGUAGCCACACCUGGGACGGCUGGCUGUGCUGGGACGAUACUCCGGCGGGAACCUUGGCCUCUCAGAACUGCCCCGAUUUUCUGUCGGACCUCGACUCCACCGAAAAGGCGACUAAGUACUGUGGAGAGGACGGGCAGUGGUUCCGCCAUCCAGAGAGCAACAUGACCUGGACCAACUACACACUCUGUGCUGUCAACACGAAGGAGAGGCUGAAGGCAGCCGCCCAGUUCUCCAGGGACGCCGAGGUCGAGUCCACGAACGAGGCUACGGUCAGUCCCCUGGUGAAUCGGGAGGAGCAGGAAAGAGUGAGGAAAAAAAUCCUCGACAGCCAAUACAAGUGCUUCGAGAAAAUGAAUAGAGAUUCACCUUAUAACAAAUCAGGGCUGUACUGCAGUCGUAACUGGGACGGCUGGUUGUGUUGGGACGACACUCCGGCUGGAACUUACACCUCCCAAAACUGCCCAAACUAUUUCGAUGACUUCGACCCCACAGAAAAGGCGACUAAGUAUUGCGGAGAGGAUGGGCAGUGGUUUCGCCACCCAGACACCAACAGGACUUGGUCCAACUACACACUCUGCAAUGAAAACACUCAGGCGAAGCUGAAGUCAGCGUACAUCCUGUUUUACAUGGCUAUUGUGGGCCAUGCUCUAUCCAUCGCCUCCCUGCUCAUCUCUCUGGCCAUCUUCUUCUACUUCAGGAGCCUGAGCUGCCAAAGGAUCACCCUCCACAAGAACCUCUUCUGCUCCUACGUGCUCAAUUCCGCCCUCACCAUCAUCUACCUCGUAGGUGUGGUCAACAAUCCCAAAGUGGUGGCCAGAAACCCGGUUGGCUGUAAAGUGUUGCACUUCUUCCACAUGUACAUGUUGGGCUGCAACUAUUUCUGGAUGCUCUGUGAAGGCAUCUACCUGCACACGCUCAUCGUGGUGGCCGUGUUCGCAGAGGAGCAGCAUCUGCACUGGUACUACCUCCUGGGCUGGGGCUUUCCUCUAGUGCCUGUAUCCAUCCACGCCGUGGCAAGGAAAAAGUAUUUUGAUGACAACUGUUGGAUGAGUGUGGAAACCCAUCUGCUCUACGCGGUCCAUGGGCCUAUAGUGGCGGCACUUCUUGUGAACCUCUUCUUCCUACUAAAUAUUAUAAGAGUAUUGGUUACCAAGUUGAGAGACACGCACCGGGCAGAGUCCAACAUGUACAUGAAGGCGGUGAGAGCCACUCUGAUUCUGGUGCCUCUGCUGGGAAUACAGUUUGUCAUUUUUCCCUGGAGGCCAGAGAACCGGCUGGCCGGGGAAGUCUACGAAUACAUCAUGCACAUACUCAUGCACUACCAGGGUUUACUGGUGGCAACGAUAUUCUGCUUCUUCAAUGGAGAGGUGCAGGCAGCUCUGAAGAGACAGUGGAUGCAGUACAAAACCCAGUGGGGUCAGAGAAGAAAGGACCACUGCUCAAUGCGCUCCACGUCCUACACGGCCACGUCCAUCACUGAGGUACCCGCCUUCAUGUACCACCACGACUGUAACACUGAACACUUGAACGGACGCCACACGGACGACUCUGAACUGGUGGCGCUGAAAUCAGGAGACACGUACGCUUGA